AUGGCAUUAGUACUAUACUAAGGUGAUCAAGGCAAUAACCAAUCUGGUGGUGCUGGUGGCUAAGUAGGUUUUGGCAGGCAAGAUUUCAGUGAUGUCCCCACCGAAGCUUAGAACAUUUAAAGUACUUUGGAGUCGCUGCAAAGCAAAGAGAGGAAAAAGAAGUAUAUCGGUUUAGCUAAUCAAGGUGGUACAUGCUACAUGAAUAGCUUGCUAUAAUCUCUUUACAUGACUCCUGAGUUCAGACAAUUCAUCUACUCUUUUAACUAUAACUCAGAUUUGCAUGGCAACAAGGAUUAUUGUAUCCCGUUCUAGCUUUAGAGAUUGUUCGCGAAUCUAUAAUUGUCAAGAAGCAAUUAUGUGUAGACUAGAAGCCUGACCAAAAGUUUUGGGUGGGAGUCGAAUAUGAGCUUCGAACAGCAUGACAUUUAGGAAUUUUGUAGAGUCUUGUUUGAUGCUAUAGAGCAGAGCUUUGCAAUAGUUGGGUAAGAGUGUAACAUGAUAAAUACAAUGUACCAAGGCGAGUCUCAAAGCUACACCAAAUGUAGAGAAUGUGGAUAUGAGUCGGCUCACAAGGACAGAUUUUUAGAUCUUUCACUUCCAAUCAAGAAUGAAUUUGGAACUGGCGUGUUAAACUCCAGUCUUGAAAUGGCUCUGGAAAAUUACAUCAAGCCUGAACUACUAAAUGAGUCAAAUCAGUACUUCUGCGAGGACUGUAAUAAGAAAGUAGAUGCUGACAGAGGCAUGAAAUUAACCAAAUUACCACCACUUUUCGACAUCCAGCUGAGCAGAUUCACUCUUGACUGGAAUACCUUUUAAAGAAUCAAAAUUUAUGACAGUGUCUCCUUCCCAUUUUACUUGAAUAUGAAUGACUACAUGAAAGGAUAUGAAGGCAUUGAGAAUAAAGUUUAUCAAAAGGAAGUCGAGAGAAUGCAGUAAUUUGCAAAGGCUUAAAUUGAGAAAAAUCAAGAGUAGGAACUACAAAAGAGAUAAAAGCUGGACAAGCCUUAAAACUAGUAGAAUGAGCAAAGUUCAAAUCAUGAUUCAGUAGAAAAUUCAGAGAGAGACUAAAUGGCUUAAGAAGAUAAGACAGCUGAAAAUGUUGAGAUGAAAGAUCAAUCAACGAAUGAAGAAGCAAAAGAACACAAAAAGCUAGAAAAAGGAGUAAAGAUUAAUGUUCAGAUGAACCAAGAUUAAAGCAAUAAUGAUUAGCCAGUAGUAACCGAUGAAGACUAUGAAGAUAAUCCUUAUUUAUAUGCUACUGGUGGUCCCAAAAAGAAGAUAGACUACACAAAACCCGAAGGAGAUGAUGAUGGCUUCAAUUCGUACGAUGCUGCUUAAUACGAUUCGCAGUUUGAUGGAGAUAACUAUAAAGUUAAACAUAAGAAUGAAAAGUUCGCCCUCUUUCCUAAGCAAUAGUAAGUGAUACUCUAGCAAACUGAAGAGGAAAAAGAGCUGGCUUAGGCACUAGAAUAAAUAAGAGAUCUAGAGGAGAAAGAAAGACUUACUUUAGAUACAGAUAAUCAGUUACUUGAAUUUCUGAAGCAAGGAGAUUUUGUAUAUGAGCUUUAUUCAGUACUGAUACAUUCAGGCAGUGCAAUGGGAGGACAUUAUUAUUGCUACAUUAAGUCUACAGAUGAUGGGAAAUGGUACAAUUUUAAUGACACUAGUGUGAGUGAGAUUCAGCAAGAUGAGGUUCUAAAGACAUUUGGAGAUAAGUUUGGCUCUGGAGGUGGAACUGCUUACCUUCUUAAGUACAGAAAGUAUAAUCCAAAUGAUAUCGAAAAUCCACUGAUUGUAGAUGACAGUAUAAUUCCUAGUUAUUUAAGGUCGGAGAUAGACGAGGAAACUGAGAAACUUAUAAAAGAAUAAAUGGACAUUGAGGAAAGAGUUAUGAGCCUAAAACUAAAGAUAUACCAUAACGACGAAGUCAAGACUCUUACAGUUAGAAAGAAUGAGACUCUUAAGGACACAUGUCUCAAAAUUAUGGAAGAGUUUAAGAUUACAGAUGUUGAUUUUAAGAACUUCAGAUUGAGAGCUUACGAUGCAAUGCUUAAAGCUAAGUUACAGGUUUAUGACUAGUUCGAUCAGUAGCUUCACAAACUUAACUUCUAAAACUUUAUCACGCUACUUGUUGAACUCAAAACUGAGGAUUAGGAGUUUGAGGCUUAUGACCCUAAUAAUCACUAUUUUAGAGUUCUUAAAUUUGUUGAAGAUGUUCACUAUGACUUCAGCAAACAGGAUACGCUGCCAACACAACUGAUAGUAGUCAAUAAGAAAUAGGAGACUGUUGCUGAUUUAGACAAGAGACUGUCUGAGAUGUUUGACAUUCCAGUUGAAAGACUCGUGAUAUUCCUGAGACAUGAAAAUAUCUAUAACAAUACAGUGAGGACCGAGCUAUAUAACAUUGACUGGAGAAAGAAGAUGACUAUUGAAAAUGGUGCUAAGUUAGACCAUGGAUGCAUAAUGUAUGUUGAAGAAGGUGAUCCAAAGUAAAAGCUUGAUGAUUUCAACUGGCACAAGGAAUUCGUCAAAGAUCAAGAGUAGCUUAAAAUCUUAUUCCAUGAUCCAAUUAAUGAUCCUGAUGCGAAUGUGUUUAGCUUCUAGAUCUUUAUGAAGAAGUCUAACACUCUCUUAGAACUUAAGCAGAGAAUUUCAGAGUUGAUUGGACUUAGUACUUCUGAAUUUGUGUUAAAGAAAUACAGAUAAUAGAGGGAAUUCAAAAAUCUUAACUCGACUCUUGUUUAACUAGGGCUUUAGUCUGGAUCAUUAGUUAAAGUCGAAAAGGGUAAACCUCAUUAAGAUGGAUUAUUUGAACUAAGCAUCUUAGACAUUCAAUUAUUAGACGAUGCUCCCACAGAUGAUACUAUAUUUGUUAAGAACCCACUUUUCAAACUUUCAAUUGAACCAGAUGCCACAGUGCUUGAGCUAAAGCAAAGAGUAAUUUAAAAGUAUAAUGAAUAGUUCCCUGACAGUCCAAUUACUCUUGAAUCAUUCAGACUCAGAAAUCCUAAGAUUGAUGACCUUGGAGAUGUGAUGCAAAAUGACGAACAUUUGGAAUCCUUCUAUCUAUAUGAUGAUAAGGAGAUUUUCCUUUAGAAAAUUGUCCCAGAAAGAAACUUCUCCUGCUUUAAUGAGUUGAUGCCCACUAAUGUUUAUCAUCUCUUAGUGAGAGAAUGGAAUCCAGAGACUUGGCUUUUUGGACCUAUAUAUGAGCUUAAAAUUGAUAAAAGCAUUCAUGCUUCAAAGCUAUCCAAAUUCUUGAGUGAGCAAGUAUUUCCACAUAUUCCAAAUGAGACACUGUUUUGCAGUAAAGUAAAUAACAUCAAGCAAUUCAAAAGAGCAGAUUUAGCGUUGAAAAAAUGGAAUAGACUAAUGCACCAAACAGUGUGGCUUGGGCAGAGUACUCUUGAAAUCAACAGAGACUCAGUUUACAUCAUUGUCAAGGACAAUGAAAUUAAGAUCAGGGAUAAUCUUACUGAAGAAGAGGUAAAGAAGUAUGCAACCAACUAGUACUUAGAUCACAUUGCUAAAAAGCACUCUAAAGAAGUUGACUUCUAGCACAGAGAUGCAUUGUUCGAUGCAAGUCAAGCAGUUAAGCCAGACUAUACUAAAAAUAGAAGAGCUGAAAAAGGUAUCAAAAUCACAGUCGGAGGACCUCAGCCUAAGCCGCAAGAAGUAUAGCCAGAAUAGAGCAGUAAAGACGAUAGCUAGAAAAAAGAUGAAAAAAAGCCAGCUGCCUAAAAUAAUUAAUAAGAAGAAGAUAUGGAAACUGAUGAAGAUGGCGGAGGUGUCUUCAUUGAAGCUCUAUUUUGA